CGCAUCGCGCGCGACGGAUUGGAUUCGCGAAGUGAGAAUAGACUACGCGCGACAGGGAAUGUAAAUUUGCGAGUGUUUCCGACGUUUUACGUAUAUUAACUUGAUGCAUCGCGACGUUUUCAAGUGACGCCGUCAAGUGUAUCUUAUAUACUCACAUAAUUGACAGUGUUAUUUGAAACGUCACGCGGCGAAUUGAGUUAUAGCGUGCGAUACCGCGACGUGGAUUGCAUUGCGACAAUUUAUCCGAAUUACGCGCGAUAAUGCAAGCGUGCACCAAGCCGUGAUUUAUUUACCUCCGACGAAGGACAAACAGUCGUGGGCACGACGGAGAUAUUGGCGUGUUCGAGACGAUUUACGCGUGAUCUCCGGGAGGCAACGACACGACAGCACCAUGGCGUUCGCCGGGCUCAAGAAGCAGAUCAACAAAGCGAAUCAGUACAUGACGGAGAAGAUGGGCGGGGCAGAGGGAACGAAGCUCGACGUCGAUUUCGUGGAUAUGGAGAGGAAAACAGACGUCACGUACGAGCUCGUGGAGGAGCUACAGAUGAAGACGAAGGAGUUCCUUCAACCAAACCCGACGGCAAGGGCGAAGAUGGCCGCAGUCAAGGGUAUCAGCAAGCUCAGCGGUCAGGCGAAAGCGUCCACCUACCCUCAGCCGGAAGGUGUACUCGGCGACUGCAUGCUGACUUAUGGCAAGAAAAUGGGCGAGGACAGCAUUUUCGCCCAGGCCCUCAUUGAAAUGGGCGAAGCCAUGAAGCAGAUGGCGGACGUGAAGUAUUCGCUGGACGAUAACAUCAAGCAGAACUUCCUCGAGCCGCUGCACCAUCUGCAGACCAAGGAUCUCAAAGAAGUGAUGCACCAUCGGAAGAAACUGCAAGGCCGUAGGCUGGACUUCGAUUGCAAGCGAAGACGCCAGGCGAAAGGUUCUCACGUUUCAGACGACGAGAUUCGUCAGGCCGAGGAGAAGUUCGCCGAGAGUCUGCAUCUUGCGCAGAUGGGCAUGUUCAAUCUGCUGGAGAACGACGUCGAACAAGUGGCGCAAUUGGCAACUUUCAGCGAAGCCCUUUUCGAGUAUCAUCAACAGUGCACUGAGGUUCUAAGGGGAUUGACGGAAACGCUCUUGGAAAAGAAAGAGGAGGCCGUAAAUAGACCAAAACUGGAAUUCGUGCCGAAGACACUGGCGGAUCUGCACGUGGAGGGCGGAUUGUCGGACCAUAUGAACGGGUCAAGUCGGGCAGGCUCUCCGAUUCAUGCGGACGGGAAGCGCUCGCAGCUCGAGCUAUUUCCGGCCGGAAACCCGCCACAAUCUGCCAAUGCUUCACCCUUGCCCUCGCCGAGCAAAUCGCCAGCGAGAACGCCGAUGGCACAAAGAACGCCGUGCUGCACAGCUCUGUACGACUUCGAGCCCGAAAAUCCUGGUGAACUUGGAUUUAAGGAGAACGACACGAUCACCUUGACUCAGAAGAUCGACGAGAAUUGGUACGAGGGCAGCCUGGACGGCCGCACCGGUUACUUCCCCGUGACCUACGUGCAGGUCGUAGUGCCAUUACCCUAAGAGGACGCCGCGCAUCUCGAAGCCAAAGACCCAGCGUAUUCGUUCACUAGCGUCUACCAUUAUUACAGGAUUACUCUGCUCUCCAGCUAGCCUAAAAAAUCUAGACGACCCUUCGACGACCUAUCUUUACCUUAUAUCUAAUAUCGUCACUUACGUUGCGAGACUUUCAAGCUUAUAACGUCCAAGACACGAGGAUCCCGAGUUUCUCUAGAAACCUUUCUCCCCGCCCUCUACACACAAGAGACACACACACACACACCUCCCCCUCCCUCCUCCACAGACCCCGAGAAUAGACCCUCUGUUACGCAUGUUAAUGUACAUAUAUAAUGUUAUAGUGUAUUUUAUCGACGUAAGGACCUUCGCGCGCGCAGAGUUAUAACACACAUAUACACACACGAAUGCAUACCCAGGAAGUACGUGCAUAGAUACAUAUAGACGUAUUCUACAUAUAUUAUAUAUAUAUACAUAUAUAUCUAUACAGACACAAGAGACACACACACACACACACGCAAAUACCUAUAUUAAUAUACGUACACGUAUAUAAUAUAUUCGCAUUAUACAGACACACUCAGACACAUCAAAGUACCUACGAUAGCAGUUUCACUGUCAAGGGCGGCUCUCUCCUCAUCUACUUUUCUACAUUAUCUUCCGUCUCGUCGAAAUGCUUUCGGGAUACUUUCAAUGCAGUUCGAGUGCACAAAAAGGAAAGAAAAAAAAAUCGAGCCUAGCGUGAAUAUCGAUUUAUGGCGGGGAGCGUGAAUUUUCCGAUAAUUCCCACUGUCAUUUAAUUAGUUUCCACCACCGAAAGUGUCGUGUCGUUUUUCGAGCCGACAACUCGGCGCUCGUUCGCAAGCUCUGUUUGCAAGCUAUACUUCGUCCGGAUAUUACGAUAUCGCUUGUGGAUUUCGAACGGGGGGGAUCGAUUACUCCAGUCGGUUGAAUUCGUCGUUAAGGUAAGUGGAAGCUUUUAGCCUUAGCAUUACUUCUCUUGUCGAAAUUAUAGGGUCAAUUCUGGUUAGAGCUUCUCUUAAUAAUAAUAAUUAUUAACAUUAAUAUUAAUAAUGUAAUCAUUAAUUAAAGAGAGAAUAACUGGAAUUGUGUUAAUCAGCAAUUAGAUAAUUCAAUAAAGUAAUGUCAGUUCAAUAGUAAGAAAGAGAUCGUUAAGCUUCCAAUGUAUAAGAGACGCUGUUACGGGCUUGAGAUUCUUCUUUGACUGUUGCAUUUUUAAUUGUUAUUACAUAUUUAAUUGUUACGCGAGAGUGAAUUUUAAUGCGGCUGGAGCGGUCUCACUCCCGUUCUACUUGCUCGCUCUCCUUUCGCAAAGGAUUAUUGGCCACUAAGUCGCGUAAUUCUCCUCACGACUCUCAUUUAUCGCGUUAAUUAAUUAAAUUAAGCGCACGGCUUUCCCCGCGAGAGUUCGAUCGUUCAACCGCGGCACAUGUAUUUUUCCGCGCGGCGCGCAACAAACGCGUGUACUCGUGUAAUGUACUCGUAUUAUAAUAAUAAUAAUGUUAUUGCAAUUCGUGUUUCCAUUCCCCAGUCGAUUGACCGUUCUCUCGGCUGCUUAUCAUUCUCUCUUCAUUUCCUCCAUUUUAUUUCCUUUCUUUUCCUUUUUUUUUUUUUUUUAAUUAAUUGCUAGGCGACACUAGCUUAGAAGUUAGGAUUUACUUUAAGCGAACCUCGAAAUGGCGGCAAAUCUCUUCCACGAAGUCAUUAUCUGUGAUUAUUGUAGGUAAUUGCUGGCAUCGAUUGUUUUUGACAGUGACGAUCUAGUUUCCGUUGUCGGAAAACUUCCGGGUGUUGAUGGAUAGAACAAAACUUAAUGGCGAAUCGAUUUUAUUGGAAAUUGUUGUACAGUCAAUGACCUUGUGUAUCCGCAUGACCACUCUUUUAGAUUUAUUAUUAAUCGUAGAAAAAUACUCGAUGGUUAUCGAAAUAUUUAGCUGUGGCGGUUUCGGAAGAAAAGAAGUCAUCUCCGUGCCGGAAA